CUUCUUCGGUCAAACCAUCAUGGCGUCCACCUGCGGACAAUGUGAACGUAAACACGGUGGAUAUUCAGACCCGGACGGACCCGUUAUCGGCUGAAGGACCCUGUGGACGGUGGUUUUUGUGUUGUUUGUUUGUUUGUUUGUUGUUUUUUGUGUCAUGGCGCUCAGAGUCUGUAGUCGGUUCUUCUCGUCCCGCUUGGUUUCUGCUGAAGCUUCGUCCUGUUUCCCUUCAUCAGGCCCCGCCCCUCGUACCUGUGGACGGACAGGUGUGUUCUGGUGGGUUCCCUCCUCUUCUAUUUCGUCGGAGGUCUUCCUCAGCAGACUGAUGAAGAGCGAAGGGCUGGAGGCGGACAGCGGCCAGCGCCUCCCGGCCUCGGUCCCUCUGGACAGCGUUGAACAAACGUCUCUGCUGAUGAAGGUUCCGGAUCAGCCCGAUAAGCCCAGGGUUCUACAGGUGGCUGUGGUGGGAGCGCCCAACGCUGGCAAGUCCACGCUGUCCAACCAGCUCCUGGGCCGCAAGGUUUUCGCAGUUUCCAAGAAGGUUCAUACGACGAGAACGCAGACGCUGGGAGUUUUAACUGAAGAAAAUACGCAGAUAAUUCUUCUGGACACUCCUGGACUCACCACACCAUCCAAAGUCAAAAGACAUCAGCUGGAGAAGUCUCUGCUCGUGGAUCCAUGGAACUCGGUGAAAACAGCUGAUCUGAUGGUCGUCAUGGUGGACGUCGCUGACCGAUGGACGUGCAACAGACUUGACAUGGAGGUCCUCAAGUGUUUGUCCAAACAUCCAGACGUCCCAGCUGUCCUCGUCCUCAACAAGGUGGACCUGCUGAAGUCCAAGGACCGCCUGUUGGACAUCACCGCAGACUUGACGUGCGGCGUGGUGAACGGACGCCACAUCCGGGUCCGACCCGUCAUGAAACCCCCCUGGGCUGAGAAGAGGCCCGACCCGGAUCCGGUUUCACCGGACGGCGCCACGGAGGCCAAGGGCGGUGCCGACCCUGGGUCCGGCCUCAGUAAAGAACAGCUGGAGGAGCUGAGGACGCGGCGGGGGUGGUCCAACUUCAAAGACGUCUUCAUGAUGUCAGCGAUGGACAAAGAGGACGUGGACACACUGAAGGCCUACUUCGUGGCUGCGGCCAAACCCGGGCCGUGGCGGUUCCACAGCCGGGUUCUGACGGACCAGACCCCCCAGGACAUCUGCACCAGCCUGGUCCGAGAGAAGCUUCUGGAGAACCUGCCCCAGGAGGUCCCCUACUCUGUGACCCAGUUGGUGGAUCUGUGGAGAGAAGGAGCAGACGGACAAGUGGAGGUGUGUGUGAAAGUGUACGUGAAGAAGGAAAGUCACAUGAGGAUGGUGAUCGGCGCCGCGGGUCGGACCGUGGCCCAGAUGGCCCAGGAGGCCGGCGCCGACCUGAGCCGGAUCUUCAUGACCCCAGUGAAACUGAAACUGUCUGUGAAGCUGAAGAAGUGAAGAGUUCAGAAGAAACACGGAAACUGGAGCAGACGGACUGGUUCAAGAGGACCCCAAAGUCCAGAUGUGAAAGGUUCUGAAACUGGACCAGAACUGAGAGGAGGGGGGUCAGAGGAAACGGACCUGAACUGAGAGGAGGGGGGUCAGAGGAAACGGACCUGAACCUGGAAAUACUGAACCUGUUCU